AUGGUUGGCCACGCAGUAUUCGUGGGAAGCAAUGAGCAAAAGGAGCGACCGAGUCCUGAGGGACACCAACCAAAAACAGGAGAAGAAGCACCUAGCAGAUUGGCCACAGAUGCCCGAGAGGCUAAUGCGAAUGAGCACACCUUGACCGCCUGCCAAGCUCUGAAAGCGUAUCCUUGGGCUUUGUUUUGGACCUUGGCUUGCUCCAUGUCUAUCAUAAUGGAAGGGUAUGAUAACAUACUGAUCACAAGUGUCUUCGGCUUUCCAACAUUCAAACGUCAGUUUGGUCAAUAUUUCCCCGACAGGGAAGGCUGGGAGGUUCCGGGACCAUGGCAAUCUGCUUUGAGCAGCGGACCUGUUGCCGGAUCAAUCAUUGGGGCAUUUCUCAAUGGCUUCAUCAUUCACCGACAUGGCUUCAGAUUUGCAUUCAUAUUGGGCCUGAUUAUGAUGAUCGGUUUCAUUUUCGUUUCCUUUUUUGGUCGAACUGUCGGGGUUCAGACUGUUGGUCAAUUUCUUUGCGGGCAGGUGUCCCCUGUCCCACUGGGUGAUACUUCUGACUGA